UCCAUUAUAAAGCACGGAGUCCUUCCAAGCCCUCAACUCAUCUCUCCCAGAGAACACACCGUGUCGGCAGGAAGGUUCAAACCAAUUCACAAAGCUCACCAGUUUCUUCUCCCUCCGUCAACAUGGUGAAGCAAGAGAUGGUGAUGAAGCUGACCAUGGAAGAUGCCAAGAAGCGUUCCAAAGCUCUCAAGAUUGCUGUGGGAUUGCCUGGUGUGAUAUCCGCAAAACUGGAUGGAGACAAGAUCGUGGUGGUCGGCGACGGGGUUGACUCGAUCGUUCUGACCACCAUGCUCAGAAAAAAGAUGGGCCACGUCGAGCUCGUUAAAGUCGGGUCAGCUGAAGAGAAAAAAGAAGAGAAGACUGAGGAGAAGAAGGAAGAUGGCUGGGUGUGCCCUCCGACCUGGACUCCUCACUUCAAUCUUAUGCCGCCUGUGUAUGAGAUCCGCGAGCCCUACCACGACCCUUGCAGAAUAAUGUAGAGAUCAUCUGUAUCGUCGAAGAUCACCAUGGAAGGAUGGUGAUAAGGUCUUGGAAUGGGGACAGUGGGCUAUGGUAGUAGAUUUGGUGUGUCGUGUGUUGCAUCACAGCCAUUCUAUUCUUAUUGUAUGAUAGCAGAUUGCAGUUUUGGCUGAGCAAUGUGCAAGAAUCCAUGAAAGGGACUUCUCACA